AUGGGAGGAGACAAUGGCGAACAGGCGCCCACACCUGAGAACAUGACCAUGAUGCAAGCCUUCGAGUGGUACGUCCCCGAUGACCAGAAGCACUGGAAGCGCAUCGAGUCCCAGUUGCCCCAGCUUAAGGCUUUUGGCAUCGACAACUUCUGGAUCCCUCCCGGAUGCAAGGCGUCCUCUCCGAGUGGAAAUGGCUACGACAUCUACGACCUGUAUGACCUAGGCGAAUUCGACCAGAAGGGAGGCAAAAGCACAAAGUGGGGCACAAAAGAAGAGCUACUAUCCCUGACGGCUAAGGCCAAGGAGGUAGGCGCUGGCAUUUAUUGGGAUGCGGUGCUCAACCAUAAGGCAGCUGCCGAUCAUAAGGAGAUGUGCCGUGCAGAGGAGGUCGAUAACGAGGACCGCACCCAAAAAGUCUCAGAGCCCUAUGAAAUCGACGCUUGGGUUGGGUUUGAUUUUCUUGGCCGUGGCGAAAAGUACAGCGCCCAGAAGUAUCAUUGGUAUCACUUUAGCGGAAUUGAUUAUGACGCGAAGACCAAGAAGACGGCCAUUUAUAAGAUUCUCGGCGACGACACCAAGGAUUGGGCGGAGAGCGUCGAUGAUGAGAGGGGAAACUAUGACUACCUAAUGUUCGCUGACCUCGACUACGACCACCCGGAAGUGAGAGAAGACGUGAUAAACUGGGGUAAGUGGUUGAGCAAGGAAGUCGAUAUCUCCGGUAUUCGCUUCGACGCUGUGAAGCACUUCAGUGAAGACUUUCUACGAGAGUUUAUUAUAAAGAUGGACGAGGUUAGAGGAGAUGGUUGGUUUUUUGUGGGGGAGUUCUGGAAGGACAGCUUGGAUGAUAUGAGUGAAUAUCUUCUGCGAAUGGGGACGAAAUUCUCGCUGUUUGAUGCGCCCCUCGUACACAAUUUCUCGGAGAUGAGCAAGACUCCAGAAGCCGACUUGAGAAAAGUGUUCGACGGAUCAUUGGUGCAAAAAGAGCCAAUCAACGCUGUGACGCUUGUGAUGAAUCACGACACCCAACCUUAUCAAGCCUUAGAAGCCGCCAUCGAGCCAUUCUUUAAGCCCCUUGCGUACUCCCUCAUCUUGCUUCGAUACGACGGGUACCCUUGCGUCUUCUGGGGCGAUCUCUACGGCAUGGACCCGGCCGGGGACAAGCAAACAUUUCCGCCGUCCUGCGGGGGGGCUCUAUCGGCCCUCACGUUGGCCCGCAAGCUGUAUGCCUACGGGUUGCAACAGGACUACUUCGACUUCCCAACAUGCAUAGGAUGGGUACGAUAUGGUACAUGGGAUAGGCGGUUCGGCUGCGCGACGGUCCUCAGCAAUGCGGGGCCCGGUGAGAAGCGGAUGCAUGUUGGAGAAAUGCAUGCAGGCGAAGUCUGGACCGAUGUGCUUGGAUGGUCAGACAGAGAAGUGGUCAUUGAGGAUGACGGCUGUGGCAACUUUGUUUGCCCGGGUACCAGUGUUAGCGUCUGGGUUAACAAAGACGCCGAAGGACGAGACAGGUUCCGCGAGUUUGACGCGAAUAUCUAUGAAAACUGA